AUUUAUGAGAUCACAUCUCCGCUGUGGCCGUCCCACAGCACAUCCCCGUGUAUUGAAAACAUCUCAUGGUACCCAACAUUUGCCUUGCCUCUGCAACACUUAUCGACUUUCUUUCAUCUGUACAAGUGUUUGGUUUCGACAGAGUUGCCACGCCCAUGAAAAUGAUAGAAGCAGGUUGUGAUAUUUUCUGCAAGACGUGUGGUAAUGUUGCAUUAAAAUGACAGAAGUAGGUUGUGAUAUGCUGGUUAAUCUGUAAAAUGCGUCGAAAUGGCACAAAGCCAGAUUCCAGUGAUAGGGAAUGAACUUGUUCCCCUUCAUAAAUUGCACCGAAGAGAAGCGGUUAAGCGCCAUCUGAGGCUCCCCGUGGUCAUAUCCAGACUUCAGAGAUUAUAUAUAGCCCAGUAGUCCACCAAGGUUUCUUUCGAACUUUUCGUCGAACAAGUGGCGAGCUGCCACAGCAUGUUUAAGGACAUGGUAUGGUAGGAGAGAACGAUUUCAGAUUGCGUCCCAGAGACUUGAGGACGGAAGAAUGAAGAAACGGAAAGCGUUGCUCUUGGAGCAAUGACGCAGAAGCUGAGCUUGAGGCAUCAUCUCUGAAGCACACAUGCAGUAGCGACGUAACUAUGUGUAUCAGGUUUCUUUGUUUCGUCAUUUUGUGAUUACAUGUGAAAAAUAUAUAUCAAGUGAAACUACAUUCUCGUCGAUCUUGGACGUCCAAAUGAUUCAGUAGGAUCCUACGGUUCUGAACUUAUCAUAUGGUUUUUGGGAUGAUUAAGGUAAGGAAUAACCCCCUCUGUUGGUAUGGGAAUGAGACCCACCAGCGCCAUCUUCCACUUUCUUUAUUAAAAGCUGAAGACGUGUAUGGUGCGUGAUGCUGAUUAUGUCACUUGAUCGUGCGCUGAAGGUCGAAAGACUCGAAACAAUUUUCGUGUUGUGAAGUUCUUUGGGGGAGGUGAAAGGCGUGUUCUUGAGGUGGGAUGAAUAGUAUCUUCAACGAACAGAUACUUGCGGACAAGCUUUCCAAACUCAAUAGCACCCAGCAGUGUAUUGAAACACUGUCGCAUUGGUGUAUUUUUCACCAGAACAAGGCAGAGCUGGUUGUCACAACAUGGGAUAAGCAGUUCCAUAGUUCACAAAAGGAACAGAAAGUUCCAUUUUUAUAUCUUGCCAAUGACAUCCUACAGAACAGCAAACGUAAAGGAAAUGAAUUUGUUAGUGAGUUUUGGAAGGUUCUCCCUGCAGCACUCAAAGAUGUUGUUGAGAAUGGUGAUGACCGUGGAAAGAAUGUGGUAUCUAGAUUGGUUGACAUCUGGGAAGAAAGGAAAGUAUUUGGAUCUCGCACACAGGGUCUUCGAGAUUUAAUGCUUGGAAAGGAAUUGCCCCCUCCUUUGGACUUAAGCAAAAAACGCUCACGUUCCGUUAGGAUUGUACGGAGAGAUUCACGCUCCAUUAGAACAAAAUUGGCUAUUGGAGGCACUGCAGAGAAAAUAGUGUCAGCAUUUCAUGCUGUGCUUAGUGAGCAUCCCAGUGAAGAUGAAGAUAUGAACAAAUGCAAGACUGCUGUGCACCGUGUAAGGAAGAUGGAAAAAGAGGCUGAGAUUGCCUGUACUAAAGUGGGGGACCCAAAGCGUACAACUUUGGCAAAUGAGCUAGAAGAGGAAGAAGCUGUUUUGAAAAAGUGUAUUGAGAAACUUCAAUCAGUUGAAGCAACAAGGGCAGCUCUGGUGUCUCAGUUAAAAGAAGCAUUACAUGAGCAGGAAUCUGAGCUGGAGAAUGUUCGCACUCAAUUGCAGGUAGCACAGGCUCAGGCAGUGGAAGCCGGCAGUAUGCAGAGGCGGCUCAGAAAUGAUACUGAUGUUGCAGUCUCCAAUGCUUCAACUGCGAAUCCACAAACAGAAACAAAUGCCAAAGCAGGGGAAUUGCCUAAGAAGACAGCUGCAGCUAUUGCAGCUGAGGUUGCAGACAAGCUAGCAGCUUCAACCUCAUCACAGAUGAUCAUGACUUCGGUUCUCUCAACUUUUGCGGCACAGGAGGCAAAGAAUGUUGGCUUCGCAACCGGGCCAUCUCAGUCAAAAACAUCUUCUAACAUGCCAACAAAUUCAUCUUCUGAAUCAAGAUCGCAACUUGAAAAGCCCAUGGCAAUCUCAGAUGCCAUGGUUUAUAUUGCCGCACAGCAGCAAUCUGGUGCACCAAGCCAUCAAUAUCAAACGGUUAUGGUACAACCAUCCUUACAGGCCCAAGCUUCUAGUUCCCAAGUGCAAUAUCACGUACUUCAAAACCAGCCUUCUCAGCAGUAUGUUCAACCAUCUGGGAGUGUUAUGACUGCAAUGCCUUAUGGCUAUAGCUAUCCACCACCCCUGCCACCAGGUCCACCACCACACAUAUUGAGUCUGGCAGCACCAUUAACACAACAGCAGCCAGUGCCACUGGCUCGGCAACAACCAGUUCUAAUGACUCAGCAACCCCCAGCACCUCCUAGUUUUCGGCCACUUCAACCGCCAGGAAUGGUGUAUUACACCCACACUCAUCAACCUCAGUAACACCAAAGUGCUUUUCAGUAGAGAAAAGAUGUCUCUAGUAAUGUAAACAAUUCAUUUUGCAAAAGAAGCAAAAUUUUGGAGAA